GCGAGUUUAUAUUACUUUCGACUUGAGAGUUGAGACUCCGGAGAAAUGUCAGUCACAUUGCAUACAAAUCUCGGUGACAUAAAAUGCGAAAUCUCAUGCGACGAAGUCCCUAAAGCAGCUGAGAAUUUCCUGGCACUAUGUGCCAGUGGUUAUUAUGAUGGCACCAUAUUCCAUCGGAAUAUUAAAGGUUUUAUGAUUCAAGGUGGGGAUCCCACAGGCACAGGCAAAGGUGGAACUAGCAUAUGGGGUAAAAAGUUCAAUGAUGAGAUACGGGAGUCACUCAAGCACAAUGCAAGAGGGAUACUUGCAAUGGCUAAUAGUGGGCCCAAUACGAAUGGGAGUCAGUUCUUCAUUACUUAUGCAAAGCAGCCACAUCUGAAUGGAUUUUAUACAGUGUUUGGCAGAGUUAUUCAUGGGUUUGAAGUUCUUGAUCUCAUGGAAAAGACUCAGACCGGACCUGGGGAUCGUCCUCUUGCCGAAAUCAGACUGAAUCGUGUGACCAUCCAUGCAAACCCUCUUGCUGGCUAGGUUAGGGAACUUUGAAGUUUGUGAAUCUUUAGCUGCCUAUCCUCAUGUAUUGUGUUGGUGUCUUUCUCAAUGCAGAAAGGGUUUUAUUGGUAAAUAUGGGCUUUCCAUCAUGUGUACAUUGCAUAAUUCUUCUCAUCAACUCUGCUAACAAAUUCUUAUUUUUUCUGUAAACGGGCAAAACAGAUGUCUUGGGUUAUUCUUGUUAACUAUGGAAAUCAUAUAAUUAUGAG